AUGAUGAGUGAUGACGCCUUGCGGCUAAUCCAGUUUUCCCUCGUCGUCGCGGCGCCCGCCGUAGCUCUGCCCGGCAUCGCGCUCAACAUCGUCAACGUCAUCGUCUUCAUCAGACUAGGGUUGUCGGACACCACCAACAUCUCGCUCCUGGGCCUCGCCGUGGCGGACAUCGGGGUCCUCCUGACCAUGGUCGGAUUCAGCGUCAUCUACAACCCGUGCAUGCCCGGCGACGUCCGCUACGUCGAGUUCGUCCGGGCGUUCGACUACGUCGUGCUGGGCGUGACCCGCGUCUUGUUCAGCCGGAUCGCUGGCUGUCUGAUGGCGUUCGUCACCUUGGAGCGAUUCCUCUGCAUCUCCAGGCCGCUGCACGUCAAGUCGAUCAUAACGCCGGGGAGAACUAGUUUCAUCGUGGUCGGUGUUUACGUCGUAAUGCUCACCAACACCGUCCCGGCGUUCAUCGCUGACCGGAUAGCGCCCAAGUUUAUUCCGCAUCUUAACGCGACGGUUCUCGGGCUGGUCUUCGCAUCGGACGCCGAAGAGCUGGAGAACAUAACCUUGACCUUGAACGUCACCGCCCAGGUGACGUCAUUUUUCGUGGUAGUUGUGUCCACUCUCUCCAUGAUCAGGUCGCUCGGGAGAGGAGCCCUUUGGCGGAAGUCGACCGCCGUGAAGAUCAGACACGUGUCCGUUCGCGAUAAACAGCUCGUCAAAAUGGUCAUCGUCGUAGCCAUGGUCUUUAUCGUUUGCUUCUCUCCGACGAUAUUCGUCAAUUCACUCAUGCGAAUCGUCAGCGAUUUCAACAUCAAGGGCAAAGAGCGGAACCUUUUCAUCGCGUGCUGCUACCUGUGUUACCUGAUGAGAUCGAUCAACUCCGCCGUCAACACGUUCGUCUACCUGUCGAUGAGCACGAAGUUCCAGCUCAAGUGUUUUAAUCUU